UCUCUUUGUAGGAGCGGGAUCAGGUGCUGCGACGUAUCGCUGAGGAUCGGCAGAUGCGGCACAACAAGGACCAGAACGUCACCGCGCCGGCAGCCACAGAGGGCCAGAGUAGCCUCAGUCAUGUGACCGCUCACAACCAAUGUGCCCUGAUGGUCCGCCUCCCCUCAGGACAGUCCCUGCGAUUGGGGUUCCCCGCUGACUCCUCCCUCCGCUGCGUCUGCGAUCACCUCAACACUCUGCAGCCGUCUCUGUCCCCGUGCAGCUUAUUACAGACCUUCCCCACGCGGCACUUCACCGAGGAGGACCUCCCCCGCAGCCUGGAGGACCUGGGACUGACCCCCAAUGCCACCCUGUGUGUCCGGCCCAGAGAGGACCCCAAAACCAGCCCUGGACCCCCCUCACCCCCCCCUCAGGAGCCGCUGGAUAUGCACUACAACCUCAAUGAUCUGAUGCGGCACGGAGACGACCUGCUACCCAUCCUGUCCUCGCCCGCCCAAUCCGUGUCUCCCAAUGUCCAGAUGAGGGAGGAGCCAAUGCCGCACAGCUGGGGCCGUGGACACCGACUGGCUCCCCAGGAUGAAGAUGGUGCGGAGGAGGGGCAGAGGUUCGGCUUAGACGGUAAUCUUUUCUAUGAAGAACCAGAAACCAGAUUUCCUGAGCCGGCAUCAGACGUGUCCUAG